AUAAAGGGAAAAGCACUAAAGUUAUUGUUAUUACAGCAGUAAUUGUGGGUAUAGUAACCAUUACGAUUAUUAUGCUCUUCUUAUGGUGUUGGAUGGCUAAAAGAAGAGGAAGGAAACAAAAACACAAACAGAUCAAACUCCAACUCAACAAAGGAAAUGCAAUGACAAAAUUUUCUAGUGAAAAUGUGGGAGAAUAUUCAAUCGGAGUUAAACUCCAGCAGCUGCGGCUAUUCAAUUUCGAAGAACUCGCCAUCGCGACGAGCAACUUCGAUCACGCAAAAAGCUAGGGCAGGUGGUUUCGGUCCAGUUUAUAGGGGAAUAUUAAGUGAUGAAAAGGAAAUAGCAGUGAAGAGAUUAUCGAAAGCUUCAGGGCAAGGAUUAGAAGAAUUUAUGAACGAAGUGGAAGUGAUUUCUAAGAUUCAACAUCGAAAUCUGGUUAAAUUGUUUGGGUGUUGUGCUGAAGCAGAAGAGAAGAUGCUCGUCUACGAGUAUAUGCCCAACAAAAGUUUGGACACUUUUGUCUUUGAUCCAAUUAAAAAAACCGUCUUGGAUUGGAGAAAACGCUUUAACAUUAUUGAAGGGAUCAGCCGAGGAUUGCUUUAUCUUCAUAGAGAUUCAAGACUAAAAAUUAUACAUAGAGAUCUAAAAGCAGGCAAUGUUUUACUCGAUCAAGAGUUAAAUCCAAAAAUUGCAGAUUUUGGGAUGGCGAGAAUUUUCGGAGGAGAUGAAAAUCAAGCUAACACUAAAAGGGUUGUUGGAACUUAGAGAGCAUUUGGGAGCAAAAGGAGCAAAAAACGAGUGAAAAUCAGACAUUUUGAGCAAAUUUUAGAAACCACACGGGCUGGGUCUUCCCACACCAGCUGGACACACGAUAAUGUGCUAGACCGUGUCGAUUUCACGAUUCACAUCUCAAACACGCGGAAAAAUGAAAUUUUUAGGCUUUCUAAGCAUUCUAAAGUCUAUAAAUACCAAAUAGAAGAAGAGAAAAGUAAGCCAACAGAGAAUAUUGAAGAAAACAACUCGAAGAACACCAUUGGAGCCAACUCUGAAGCAAAUUUCUAUCAAGAUUAAAGACCUCCUUUUAAUUUCCUUUGAAGUUUUCGAACACCAUAAGAGAUGUUACCUCUUCUUUUAGCCAUCCAACACCAUCAGCCUCAAUUCCAAGUUCUUGCAAGAGAUGGAGAAAGUUAUUAGCGACUCUGUUUUACU